GCCUGGGCGCUCUUCCUCAAAUAUGAAACAGUUUAUUCAUAGACAGGGUAACUUUCGUCCACACCAUCUGUAGUAAAAGACAUUUUAGAAGGACAUAGUGGAAGUUGUUUGCCGUUAUUAUUUCUUACUUGGUUAUUCCCAGUACUAAAGGUGCAGGAUCAUCACCUCUUGUGACUCGCAACCACAUUUCCUUUCUCUCUGUAGCUGGGCAUUUGACAAGAUCUGCUUCUAGAGUCAUUAGGCAUAUCUUUCUCAUACUUUUUACCCAGCUCUGCCUACCAUUGUGUCACCAUACUGAAAGGAAACUGACUGUCACAGUCAGUAGUGGGCAAAUAAGCAGCAGAAAUGUCUCCCUUUCUGCGGAUUGGCUUCUCAAACUUUGAUGGAGGGCCAUAUCUACAGUUGCAGAAUGAGUUAAUCAACCCUUACUGUGCUGUAUAUGUGAAAGAAACAGUUGAUACAGAGAAAGGCCAAAUCUACAAGCAGAAGAAACCUACUAUGUAUCCUCCCUGGAAUACUACAUUUGAUGCACAUAUUAAUAAAGGUCGAGUCAUGCACAUUGUUGUACAAGACAAAACAGUAGAACUGCAGUGUGAAACAACAGUGGAACUGAACUCACUGGCAGAGAGGUGUAAGAAACAAAAUGGAAAAGUGGAAAUUUGGCUGGAACUUGCCCCACAAGGACGUGUGUUGAUGAAUGCCAGAUACUUUCUUGAGCAAAGCGAUGCCAAGGAACAAUCUGAGCCAGAGCGAGAGGGCUUCUUUGCCCUGCACCAGCGCAGAGGAGCUAUCAAACAAGCUAAAGUACACAACGUCAAGUGUCAUGAGUUCACCGCCACAUUUUUCCCUCAGCCGACAUUCUGUUCUGUCUGCCAUGAAUUUGUCUGGGGCCUCAAUAAACAAGGCUACCAGUGCAGACAAUGCAAUGCUGCUAUUCAUAAGAAAUGCAUCGACAAAGUUAUUGCCAAGUGCACCGGAUCUGCUGUCAACAGCAAAGAAACAAUGAUACACAAAGAAAGGUUUAAAAUAGAUAUGCCACAUCGGUUUAAAGUCUAUAAUUACAAGAGUCCUACCUUUUGUGAACACUGUGGAACUCUUCUGUGGGGUCUUGCAAGACAAGGUCUAAAGUGUGAUGAGUGUGGAAUGAACGUUCAUCACAAAUGUCAGAAGAAAGUGGCCAAUUUGUGUGGUGUGAAUCAAAAGCUUAUGGCAGAAGCACUAGCUGUAAUAGAGAGUACACAGCAGGCACGAAGUCAAAGAGACAAUGAGAUCAUUGGCCGGGAGGGUCCUGUGGAUAUUAGUCAGCCUGGUAUCAUCAGAGAGCCAUCUGGGAUUAUGCAGGCUCCUGUUUCCAUAAAAAGAGAGAUUCAGGGUAUAUCUUGGGAAAGCCCUAAGGUGGAAACUCCUGAAAAUGAUUUUCCAACAUAUGCCGUACCAAGGAAAGAGCAGCAUAAGUUUACCAUUGAUGACUUUGUUUUGCAUAAGAUGCUGGGAAAAGGAAGCUUUGGAAAGGUCUUUCUUGCUGAGCUGAAAUCCACGAGCCAGUUUUUUGCUGUGAAAGCCUUGAAGAAAGAUGUGGUGCUGAUGGAUGAUGAUGUUGAAUGUACGAUGGUAGAAAAGAGGGUGCUGUCUCUUGCAUGGGAGCAUCCAUUUCUUACCCAUUUGUAUUGUACAUUUCAAACCAAGGAAAACUUAUUUUUUGUGAUGGAAUAUUUGAAUGGUGGUGACCUCAUGUUCCACAUUCAGAGCUGCAGCAAAUUUGAUUUACCCAGAGCUACGUUUUAUGCUGCAGAAAUUGUUUGUGGCCUCCAGUUUCUUCAUUCAAAAGGCAUAAUAUACAGAGACCUAAAACUAGAUAAUGUGCUAUUAGACAGAGAUGGCCACAUAAAGAUAGCAGAUUUUGGAAUGUGUAAGGAGAACAUGUUUGAAGAAGCCAAGACUUGCACUUUUUGUGGAACACCAGACUACAUCGCUCCUGAGAUUUUGCUUGGACAAAAAUAUGGAUAUUCUGUUGACUGGUGGUCCUUUGGAGUCCUGCUGUAUGAAAUGCUAAUAGGUCAAUCACCUUUCCAUGGAAAUGAUGAAGAGGAGUUGUUUCAGUCCAUCCGAACAGAUGACCCUUUCUACCCCCGUGCUCUCCCUAAAGACUGCAAAGAUAUUCUUGUCAAACUGUUUGUGAGAGAACCUGAGCAGAGGCUUGGAAUAAGGGGGACAAUUCGCCAGCAUGCAUUCUUCCGAACCAUCAACUGGCAAGCUCUGGAAAACAGGGAAAUUGAGCCACCUUUCAAACCUUGUGUGAAAUCUCCAAGUGACUGUAGCAAUUUUGACAAGGAGUUCCUAAAUGAAAAACCCCGACUGUCUUGUGCUGACAGAACCCUUAUCAACAGUGUGGAUCAAACAAUGUUCAAUAACUUCUCAUUUGUAAAUCCCAAGAUGGACAGGCUUAAUGUCCCUUGAUAUCAAAUGGGUUUCCUUCCAGACAGCCCACAGAAUUGGUAACAUGUCGGUUUUACGUGCCAUUCAUAUCUUCAAAAAAUAAGAGAGUGUUAUUCCAAAUAUCAACUUUUCUUCUCCUGUUUUUUUUUUUUUUUUUAAUAUUAAGGAACCCUUUCAAUUUGCAAUAAAAAGGUUACAGCACUAAAUGAACAGUAUUGGAGUUACAUUUAGAAGCAGUGAUCAUCUCCGUGUGUCUAAGCAAAGAAGGACGCUGAUCAGGAUGUUGUUCUGUCUUCUCCGUGGAGCAGAUUUUUUGUGUUACGGCGUUCAUUGUAAUUUGUGAGAUAUAAAAUGUUGAUAUUGAUGGAAAGCACUUCGACUUCUGUGGUUAGACUUGAAAAGUAACUUAUGUGGAGCUUCACAAACAUUUUCUAAACCUUUCUGGGUUUUCCCAGACGUUUUGUAAACCUAUGAGCCGAAAAAGCAUUGUAAGUCCUUUAUGGUCCAGAUGUGUUUCUGAACAGCUCAUAUCAUCUGAUCCAGACAUUCACCAGUUGAAGAACAUUAAUACCUCAGUGUGAAGUAGAAGACUUCUUCAAAAAUGGUUUCUCUGGAAAGCCAGCAUUUUAAACUUAAAACACUCAUCUUAAUUGAGUACAACAGAGUUAAACAAAUACUGAGUUGCCUUUGUGAUUCAGUGGUCUUCGAGUUACUCUAAAUAAGGAAAAGGACAUCUGAUCAUUAUGGGCAUCGAACGAAUAUCACAUACUGCAUGUUAACACUGAAUUAUGUGCGUCGUUGCUUGUGAUUUGUAUUGGUUUUUUUUGCCUAUAGCCCUUCCGGAGUGAAUUGAUUUUCAAUUUGAACAGUGUUUUUGUACAGUACACUUAGUGAAGACUAUUAGGUAUGUUUUCAAAUGUUUGUGGGUAACAUGGGAGCGUGUAACUGUCAUUCAGGCUUUGGAGUAUUGUUCUGGAUGCUUAUCUGUGGUGUUGUAAUACUUGCUUGUAUUAUUAUGUGGUUUCUGCUCUUAGUGAAUUUCUUUUUGCUGGCAUUUUAUUGCAAUGCUAACGACGCAUUUUACCGUUCUUUCUCUUUCCAGAGCGAUUUCCACAUUCUGCAGAACGUCUUUUUCAGUGUCUAUACCUCCCUGUUCUGUAAUGAUUACCAUUUCCCUCCAGUUUCAAAAGCAAGGCAUGCUGUGUCUGAAUUUUACGUAGGAAAUUAGAAGAAAUGUAUUGUUACCACUCCAAGGACUUAAAAAGAUGCAGUAUAUUACAUAUUUUUAAUAAGAAGUUUAUAAGUGCGGGAUUACUUAAAACACAUUUGAAAAGGUGUUACAGCGUGCUGAUUUUAUUAUGUCAAAAUAAUUUAUAGACAUCCCGUGGCAUUAACUGGUGUAUAGCACUUAGCACUGUGUAUUGUACACGGAGGGGAAGUCAAAGGAUCCUUUAUCCAGAUUUAAUAAUUAUAAUUGAGGUUGACAGUCUAGUAAUACUAGCACAAAAAGACCCUUGAAAGCCCCUCAAGAUUACAAGUAUGAGUUGGAAAUGUUAAACCGUUUACUUUGGCUCAGGCGCUCAUCAUGCAGGCUUCCCAGUGAUGUCCCCGAGUCUAACGUCAAUCAGUCAUUCAUUCCGUCUGUGCUUUAUAUAUACAGACUUCCUUUUACGUUCACUAGUUUAUAAAGUGCUGAACAGCAUUAAAACAUGAGGGGAAUAAAACAAUGUUCUGAAUGUGGCAGAUAGGACUCCUCAGUAUGGUAGGUAUAGUGUCACAUGAGCAUUAUACGGCCUGUUGUUGUGCCCUGUGUUUGAAACUGAUAUGGAAUUUGUGACUGAGAUGACAUCAAUCACCUGAUUGUCUUACAUUUGCAUAGCAUGAUAGUCUUGCCAGCAGUAUGUAUACGUGAGCAGCUCCCUCGUAUGACUGAUAUUAAGUAAUAUUACAAGCACCGACACUACUUCUGCCAUCUUGUGCUAGUCUUUUGCUUAUUUAAUGGUGCUAGUCAAAGGUCAGCCUGUGCAGUAUUGGUUUCUUUAAGAACUCUGUCUUGUAUGGCCUGCAGUUUUGAUCGUCACCAAUAAGACUUUUUGGAGGGAACAGAGGAGUUGGUCAGCCCCCUGCAUUUAACUAGUCAAGGGGCUAAGGAACAAAGCCAGUGUGUCACUUAAAGGAUGGAUGCCGUUGAGGCAGCUCUUUAGGGAUUCAGUGCCGUACUCUCCAGUUAUAUUCUUCCGUUCUAUGAAACUAAGGUCAAAACUCUAACACAGUGUAACACAGCUACUUGUGUAAAGAUUAAAUCAGGUUCCAAAUUCAUCUGAACGCCUGUAAUGGACUGGCAUCCCCUCUAGGCCUGUAGCGACUGGUACCAUCAGGUUAAGCAUUGACGCUCACAACCCUGAACAGGAUGAUUUUUUGAUAAUUUCAUUGAUGACUGAAUGAUAAUCAGAAGACUUGGGGGUCAGCCUACCUGUGAUGGCUAACGUGCAUUACAGUGGAAAAGAAAUUAACUGUUAGGGAAGCAAAAAUUCCAUUUAAUAACUGCAUUCUGCCAUUACAGUUUAUACGUUUCACAGCAGUUGGAUUUUGAGGUUUCUACUGCAGAUCAAUAAUAAUAAUAAUUUCUUAUUCCACAUUUUCUGUCAUAAAACUACAAAAUGGGCAUGUAGUAUUACCAAUUAAAAAAGUAGCAGAGGCCUAGUAAUAGAUUACUAGCAGCCCUCGAAAACCGAGCAACUAAAACUCAUUCCUUUUCAGGUUUUAAAAUUAAAUGUGUUGAAUAAAUUUAGUUCAUACUAUUUCUAGAUAUGAAAUUUUAUUGCUCAUUUAUCUUUUUGACUUAUAUUUCUGAACAGGAGCCGCACAUGCUGAGUACAAUACGGCUUCCUUGCUUUUUGUGCAGUUAUGUACAGUAAAUAUCAACUGUUAUUGUGUUUCAUUGUAUUUAUUAUUGGUGGAGUGUAGAACAAAUGUAUUUGUGAUGCAAGUGUAAUACCCAUUGGUCACGUGUGUAUUGAUGUAAGUUGUGAAUUAGUAAAAAGAUGAUGAACUUUCUUGCUACGGAGGGAACCUUAUAUUGCCAAUGAGAAAGUGCAGUUUCACAGGACUCACAUUGACGCAUACACAUACAAUACAUGUAAUGUCUGGGUACAGUACACGUGUACAUGUAAAACACGUGGAACUGGUCGACUUCAAAAUAAAAAUCUUUUUUUAAUUCAAUUUA